ACGCCGCCAAAACCAGUAGUUUAGAAAUAAAAAAUGGUGGUAGGUGAGCUAGUUUAGUGAAAAAUCAACUUAUAAUAUUUACGUUUCAAAUGGUUGUGACUACUAGAUUCCGAAUUUCGUAAAUACAAACUCGAGGUAUUUGCUGUUCACAUCUUGCCAAGUAGGAACUACAAACGAUGGGAACGUGAACCUUCGACAUGCACCUUUGAAAAAAACAUGGGGCUCCUAAUCAGCAGCAACGUUCCAAUUCUCUACAAGAACUCGAUUCCUGACGCAGGAACCCUUCUCGUAAAGUGCAUAGUAAAGUGAAGUGAUCAGUUCCCGAUAUGACGACCCCGGAAAACAAUAGGUACAUAGUCCAGGUCUACGUAGGAGCCCUGUCCGCUCUUUACGAGGCACUUUCCGUGGAGGCGAGCAAACAGACAACGUCGGAAGAGAUCGUUUCUUGUAUAGUCGAGCGACUGGGCUUGAACGACAAUGUGUCGUACGAACUAGCGGAGGUGAUUGGUGAUAGCUACGGCCAAGAAUGCAAGGAGCGUAGUCUCCUCAGUACCGAAAGUCCGGUCCAGCUGAUGAUGCUGUGGCCGAAGAACAGGACAGAUCAGUCCUCUUACCGUUUUUACCUGAGGGAGAAAUCCAACGAUUACCUAUGGAGGGACUUCGUCAUGGACCCCCAGCUGAUCAGGGACUAUUUCCACAGGUUCCUGUAUCAGCCAAAAGACAGGGAAUAUCCGGAUCUCUGUCAGCUACCUGAUUUAAACGAACAGACCUUGCUGGACAACCUUAGAGCGAGGUUCGUUGCGGGUCACAUCUACACUUACGUGGGUUCCAUUCUUAUAGCUUUGAACCCUUUCAAAUUCUACCCGAUCUACAACCCCAAAUACGUGAAGCUGUACCAAAACCGCAGACUUGGUCCAAAUCUGCCACCGCACAUCUUCGCAGUAGCGGACGUGGCAUACCAUUGUAUGUUGAAGGACAGAAAGAACCAAUGCAUAGUAAUAAGCGGAGAAAGCGGGUCGGGAAAGACAGAAAGCACCAACUUCCUCCUACACCAUCUAACAGCCCUUAGCCAGAAGGGCUCGCAUGGAAGCGGUGUCGAACAGACCAUUCUCAGCGCUGGUCCGGUCUUGGAAGCUUUCGGCAAUGCCAAAACCGCCCACAACAACAACUCCAGCAGGUUCGGCAAGUUCAUCCAGGUCAACUACAAGGAGAACGGAAUGGUGCACGGUGCCGUGGUGCAAAAGUACCUGCUGGAGAAAUCGAGGAUUUGCUCGCAGGGUCGUAACGAGAGAAACUACCACGUGUUUUACUACCUGUUGGAAGGGGCAAGCGAGCAGGAGAAGCAGGUGUUGCACCUUAGAUCCCCCGAUCAGUACUACUACCUAAACAAGUCCUGCUACAGGCUGGACAACGUAGACGAGAGAUACGAAUUCUCCCGGCUGAAGCAGUCGAUGGAAAUGGUUGGUUUCACGGCGGAGAAGCAGAGAAGACUCUUCUCCGUCUUGUCGGCCGUUCUGCUUUUAGGCAACGUGGAGUUUCAACCCAGGAAGUCGGCUUACCACCACGACGAAGCCGUCGGAGUCAAAAACCCAGAAGUGGUCGCCCUAAUCUCCGAGCUAUUGAGGGUCAAACAAGAGACCUUGAUGCAAGCCUUGAUCGCCAAGAGAGCCAGAGCCUCUGGAGAGACCUUAAUCAUUAACUACCGUCUACCAGAAGCCACAGCGAGUAGAGACGCGAUGGCAAAGUGUCUUUAUGGCGCCCUCUUCGAUUGGAUAGUGUUGCAAGUUAACCACGCCCUAUUGUCUAAAAAGGACACCCUCAGGGAGCACCAAGGGAACUCGAUUGGCGUGUUGGACAUUUUCGGUUUCGAGGAUUUCGGGCUCAACAACAGUUUCGAACAGUUGUGUAUAAACUAUGCUAACGAGCACCUGCAGUAUUACUUCAACCAGCACGUGUUCAAGUAUGAGCAGGAGGAGUAUAGGAAGGAGGGUAUCAGAUGGACCAACAUUGAGUUCAUGGACAAUACUGGUUGUUUACAGUUGAUCGAGGGGAAGCCUAAUGGAUUGUUGUGCGUUUUGGAUGACCAGUGCAACUUCCCCGGAGCCACCAACGAAACGUUGCUCCAGAAAUUCAAUAUGGUCCACAAGGACAACAAGUUCUACCAGAAGCCGCAGAAGAAGGAGGGCGCCUUCAUCGUGGUCCACUACGCCGGCAAGGUCAAGUACCAGGUGACGAACAUGCGCGAGAAGAACCUCGACCUGAUGCGCCAGGACAUCGUGGGCGUACUGAAGAACAGCUCGAUGGCGUUCGUCAGGGAGCUUGUUGGGGCCGAUCCGGUUGCCGUGUUUCGUUGGGCCAUUGUGAGGGCCUUCUUCAGGUCCUACUUCGCGUUCCAUGAAGCCGGCAGGAAACACAGACAGGGCAGGGUGGACGGGAACAGGAAUAACAUACAGCAGCGCUACCAGAGGAACCACACGCCCAACGAGAACCUCAUAAGCAAACAACGGAACACAGCGCCCCCUAGUAGCAGGUACGGCAAAGCCAACGAACUGGCCACUGCCGCCAACAACAACCAUAACAGGUUGUCUUGGCCGCAGUUUUACCAUCGCAACGCAACCGUCAAGGUCAACAACGAAGAGGAGAAGAACGAGAAGAGGAGGAAAGAGUCCAUCGGUGGCGUAUCCGCCAAUACGGCGGCCCUGGAGAGGGUCCUGUGUCCGGACGAGGCCAGGGCCAUCCAGAAGGCCAAUCAGAUUGUUAUGAAGAACAAGUCUUUCCGACCUCGAGAGAGAGGCAAGAAGGGCCUCAAAAACCUGCAGUCCGUGAAGACCUUAGCCGGACGCACUGGUAUUUCCGGCGCCAGCCAGGGCCAACUGGGCAAGGCUAGGAAACAGCCCACCACCGUCACAGCACAGUUCCAACAAUCCCUACAUUCCCUCAUGGAUACCCUCAACCAAGCAAACCCCUUCUUCAUCAGAUGCAUAAAAUCCAACGCCAACAAGAUACCGAACAAGUUCGACCAUGAGACUGUGCAACGCCAACUCAGAUACACAGGCAUGUUAGAAACCGUCAGGAUACGUCAAGCAGGUUUCAACGUGAGGCUGACGUACGACGAGUUCAUCCAGCUUUACAGGAUCCUGCUGCCGAAAGGACUGCUGAGUUCACAGAACGACGUGAGGGACUUUUUGGCCACCCUUAACCUGAACAGGGACAACUACCAGUUGGGUUUAAGCAAGGUGUUCCUGAGGGAGAGCGAGAAGUACAAGCUGGACUGCAAAUUGCACCAGCAGAUCAUGUCCAGCAUUAUCAUACUGCAGAGGUGGUUCAGGGCCUGUCUGGAGAGGAGGAAAUUCCUCAGGAUACGUACGGCCAUAGUAACGAUCCAGUCCUACUGCCGCAUGUAUCUGGUACAGAGGUACUUCAAGAGGGUGACAGCCGCCAUAAAAAUCCAGAAGGUCUGGAGAGGGUACAAGGCGAGGGGUUGGUACGAGAAGUUCAAGAUGGGGCUUGUGAUGUUCCAGGCUCACUGUAGGGGUUACAGGGUGAGGAAAGCGAUGCAGCUGUCCAAGAGCCAUCCUAAGAUACCGAGUGCGGCUUCUGUUCAAACGCAUUUACAGGUGAAACUUGCCAGUUCUGAUGAGGCUUUUGUCAGUAAAGAAUCUAGUCAAGAGGAGCUACGUGAUAAUAUGGAAAGGAGAUUGAGGGAUUCAGAUGAGAGCAGUGGUAUUCAAGAAGAUGGCGACACUGAAUCUUUGCAUAGCCGACUGAGCUAUACCAUGUCCUUACCAACUGUGACCACCACUCUUAUUUCACAGCAAACGUCUGGGUUGUUACCCCACCAAAAUAGACUGGCAGACAUAAAGCAGGAAGGAGUCUUCCUGGACCUGACCCUCCGUCGUAAGAUCAACAAGGCCCACCGCACCAUCGACUACUCCGACCUGGAGUACAUGCCCGAGCGCAAGGGCAGCUGCGAUUCUCUCGCCUCGCAGAAGAGCUUCGGCUCCCAGCAGAGCACCGAUUCUCACUCGAGCGCCACCGUCAUCAGGGACGUGGGGGGCGGAGCCAGCAGGAUCUCCAGCAGCGUCGCCGCCUCCAGGGAGCAGUGGUCCUCGUCGUUCACGAGGAGCGAGACCGACUCGGAGAACGGCGGUGGGGGUGGAGGAGGCGGAGCUACCAUGUCGGCUCCGCCCGUGGUGGGAGAGCGGUUCUCGUCGUAUGACAACUUCGACUUGCCAUCGCACGGUUCGGAGCAGGAUUUCUCGCCCAAGGUGCUGCUGGCGAGGUCGCCGGCGGUGCAUUGGACCACGUCGGCGGGGGUGAAGAGAGAGACCAAAUUGGCGGUGGAGAUGAGGAGCGCCGGGGACAACCUGAAGAGUCUACCUGCCGUGAGGAGGAUAACCAGGUUCGGCUCCGACGACGUCUACUACGCUUACGACCACGCGCCCAGCAAAACCGAGCAGAUAUUGGGCAAGCCAGAGGUGCCUGCCAGAAGCGUGAGAAAGGCCAAGAGGGCCCAGGUGAAGAGCUUGGGCGAGGAGGUUACUGACAGCGUGGUGGCCGGCGACAAAGGCGUACUGGGCACCAUCGAUGAGUCCAACGUCAUCCACGCUGACGCCGGGAGCGCCAAGUUCAAGCCGUUCAUGAAGGACUGCACGACCAGCACGCCUAAGCAGGUGUUGACGCCGAAGAGGCAGAGGCAUCAUAUAGGUUUAGACUUGAGAAGAAGGAACAGCGACCCAGCCACGAACCUAAUCACCGAAGUCCCGUCGGUGAUCGAGCACACUCCCCAAACGAAAAUCGAUUCGGACGAUCUGCAAUGGAGGAAGGCCAACGUAAGCUUCACACUGGUGGGGCACUCCUUCAGAAAGAUCGCCAGGAUAUCCAAAGACGACCUGUGCACUUCCUGCAACGAACACAUGGACCAGUUCAUCACGCACGGUUACAAGUGCAUGCGCUGCAAGAAGUCCUUCCACGCAAAGUGCAUCCAAAACAAGAAGGUCUCCCCCUGCGACCAGGUGGCCUCGAGCGUGGACAACUCCAAGGGGGCCAGGAGAAAGCAGCGAAAACCUUCCAGGACUCCCUACGACCUGGCUAAACCGGACGAGGGAAAGUUCAACCUAACAAAAACGUCGCUGUUUUCUGACAGCACCGACCAGAUUAUCAGCGGUAGCGAAGAGCUGCACCUGAUGCAAAGGUUCAUCACCGAUAAGAUAAUGAAGAUCGAAAGUGACAUUGGCGAGAAGCCCAGUGAAGUAGAUAGGUUAUUCAAGCAAGCGUUGCGCGAAUUCAAAGACAACCUCGUGCAAAUCUACAGUGCCAACAAGCAUGGCUUCGAAGUAUGCAGCGUGCGUUACAAAGACUUGAUCUGCAACUUCCAGCAAGCCAUGGAAACAGUCUGCCAAAAAGAACAGAAGGAGAAGGACAAGGACUUCCCCGUCACCAUGGGCCUGAACGCCUUCAGGGGCUUCAUGAACGAGUUCAUGCUGACCAGGGCGGAGGAGAAACCGAACAAGACGAAACGAAAAAAGGAGAAGAAGAGGAAGCUGGAGACGAUCAAGUUCAAGGGGCACAACUUCCAACUGACCAUCAUCAACAUACCUACGGCUUGUGAGAUCUGCAACUCGUUCUUCAUGUGGCCGAUAGAGAGAGGAUUAGUCUGCCAAUCGUGCAAGCUCACCUGCCAUAAAAAAUGCUACACCAACAUCCAAACUGUGUGCGUGAAGGAGUCGACGCAGGGUGGAAGCAACAGGGUAUUCGGCGUGCCGUUGGUCAACCUGAUCUCGGAAGAAAAUAAAAUACCGGUGGUGAUAGAGAGAUUGCUGCACGUGAUCGAGUUGAACGGUUUGUACACUGAAGGUAUAUACCGAAAAUCUGGCGUUAAUUCGAAGAUCAAAGAGCUGAAGACCAGAAUGGACGAGUAUCCCAACGAAGUGGAGUUUGAGAAGUACCAAGUGCAUGUGUUGGCUUCCGUGCUGAAGAGUUUUCUCAGGGAGAUGCCGGAACCCUUGCUCACCUUUGAGUGCUACGAGAAUUUCAUAACAGCUGCCAAUCUGCACGAUCCCCAGGAUAGGGUGACCACCCUAUAUGAUAUUCUGAAGAAACUUCCUCCUAUAAACUACGAUCUCAUGGAGAGGCUGAUGUUCCAUCUGGCUAGGGUGGCCCUUCACGAAGAGGUGAAUAGGAUGAGCGCUGCAUCUCUGGCUAUAGUGUUCGCGCCUUGUGUGUUGAGGACUAACAAAGUGGUUCCGGCUCAAGACAGUCUGCACGAUAUAUCCAACCAGACGCAAUGUAUAGAGACCAUAAUAAGAGAACAGCUGAAGAAGAUUAGAAGCACGCUGGAGGAUAUCAACACCCUAGACACUGCAUGUCAGGCGGCCAACAAUAGGUUGUCGUCUUUAAGAAGCUCGAAGGUGUUCAGUCCCGAAGAACUUCUACCGGCCAACCAGUCUUCCCAGCAGCAGGCGGAAGAAGAGGAGCAUCUUCUAGUCGAUCACAUACAGGAAAUAGAGAAGGAGAAAGAACACCUAACCUCAACCUUGCCCACCCUCACGCAUGCGACUUCAGACGACGACAUGUUGUCGACAGAUGGCGAUGGUAGCAUGGACGAUAUUUCUUGCAUAGGUGAACAGAGGAAAACCAGGGUUCCAGUGGUCAGAUCCAUCUCGGGAGGUGAUUCCAGACCGUCGUUACUUCCAAAAUUGAAGAGACAAUCGUCUUCGGACGUUUGUGUCAAAGUAGAAGACUGUGACGUUGUUGUGUGAGAACAGUGUAAAUAUUCCUCUAUCCGCAGACAGCUUCGGUUGCAUUUGAGAAGGUUGAAGUGCGCCAAUUUGUCCGAAACUUUCAGACAGAGCUUCUGAACGGUAUGUGCUAUUUAUUUUUAACUUCUUUUUUUUUUUUAAUUUUGAAAUUGAAACAGAGCAUUCUCGAGUAGUUCAUUUCAUAUCAUAUGCGGCCGGAGUUCAAUGUAACAAAAAUCUAUUUUCAAUGUGUGAUAUGCCUUCACAGAAUUGUUUAUGUAAUAUAUUUUCCCAGAUUCUAAUAUACUAACACAAAGUGAUAUUGAUUUAAAGUGUAAAAAAAUCGAUCCAUGACAUUUAUCUUUGAAAGCAAGAUUUCAGCGAGUGGAUUCGUCUGAAUAUAUUGAAAGUUGUGAUCAUUUUAUUUUAUGUACUAUUUUACUAGGCAGGGUAACUGUUAACUGGUAGUAAAAUAUUAUUCAUACGUUUUAGUAUCAAAUAUUUAUGUGACUAAAAAGAAUCGCUUUACUUCGACUAUUAUGACGUCUAUUUUUCAAUCGAAAUCUUUGGAUAUUUAUUAUAUUUGGUGUAAUGGUGAAGGAUGGUCCUUGAUUCUUCAACAAUGGUUCUUCUCUCAAGAAUUCUGUUUUGUGGCAUAAAAAAAUUUUUAACUAAAGUUUCCUACUCUCUCCCUAUAGUGUUUUCUUAAAAAAUUUUUCAUUUACAAGGACCAUCCUGUAUUCCUUUCAGCAAUAAAUUCAAUUUGCAAUCAUUAUUCGAAAAAGUUGAUGUUGAUAUUGAUAUUUGUUGGGGGAUAUCUUAUUGAUUCCAAUUCCCCAUACAGUUUUCUAAUAAUCUUAAAUUUUUUAUGUAAACUUAGCCAAAUUGUUCAGAUUAAAACAAAAAGCUGAUUUUACGACUUAAUGUACAAAAUUCUUUUAAUGAAAAUAUGUUGAAAUUCUUCUAAAAACAAUGCUGCAUUGAAUAGUUGGAAUUCAUAUUAAUCGAUAAGAUAAUUGUUUCAAGAAAUAUUUGUUUCUUCAAAAUGUUGAAUAUUUAUAUGAAUGAUUGUUUGAAUAAUUAAUUAUGAGGGGAGAAGGUUUCUACUCCUUUGAAAAGAAGUAGAUUGUGUUCAAAGUAUAUACCACAUUCAUUGUUUUCAUUAUACUAGAUGUUCAAUGAUUGUAUGUACAUAAAUUUGUUUCUUGUGGCCAACUGUUUCAAUUUUUCAGCAUAUUUUCUUCUGAAUGGUCUUACAAUGAAUGAGAGAAAAUGGCACAAAAGUCGAAAUUUUAAAUAUCAUCUCAAUACUGUUAAUUUUUUCAAUUUGCUGUUACAUCCUGUUGAAAUUAUUAUAAUAUAUGAAGAAUAUGGUGAGUGCAAUCUAAUUUAAAUUUUAUUAAUUCACUUUGAAUGUUAAGGCUAUUUAUUAGUUUCUAUUUAUUAAAAAUUUAUUUGCUGAUUUUGAAAUUCUCAUGUUGAUUUUUAAUUGUAAUGAAAACUGAAUUCAACGUCAUCACAUAUUUUACCUUAUGAGUAAAAUGUUGAGAGUUCAUUUAUUAAUUAUCUUUUUCUCAUGAAAAAUGUUCAAUUUGAAUUGCUUAAAUCUUUGUAAAACUAACAUUAUACUUAUAUUUUACUUUUUUACAUUUGUAUAAAAAGGCGGAACUAAAUAGAAUCAUUCCAAAAUUUGUUAAAUUUUCAUAUUGUACGGAUGAAAUCGAGAGUAAUGAACUGAUCCUUAAUUUAUAUACCAAUUACUUUGAUUGGGCAUUUCAAAAUAUGACUGACUAUUUUUUUUGAUUAGAUGUUGGUAAGGUUAAUGUUUAUAUCUAAAUUGAUAAUUUUACCAAAUGUUAAUAACAACAAACUUGUUUAUAUCGACAAAUAUAAAAACAAAUGUCCUUUGUAAAUAAAAUUCACUAUCUAUAUUACAA